AUGGAUCAUUUGAAAUUUCAUUUCAUCGUUAUUGUAUCAUCGGCCAAUGCUGAAGAUGCAGCAAUCGAUUAUCGUCAAUUUAUAAAAUGUCCUGAACAUCCAGAUUCUUCCCGUUAUCUACGUAAUCCAUAUGAUUGUAGUAGUUUUUAUCGUUGUUAUGUUGAAAAUGGCAUACGAUUAGCUAUUUGGAAUUGUCCAAAUGACCAAUAUUUUGAUGAAGAUCCAAAUGUACAAACCUGUAUUCGUAUAAAUGAUUAUUUGGCUAAAUAUCAUGAAUGUAAAACAAUUCCAUUGCCAACUGCUCGGCCACCAACACAGCGACCAACUGAACGUCCGACGGAAAAACCAACCGAAAAACCAACACAACGACCAACUGAACGUCCGACGGAAAAACCAACACAACGACCAACUGAACCCAACACACAACGACCAACCCAAAACCAACACAGCGACCCAACCAACAACCAACAAAACAACCACCACAACACGACCAACCGAAAACCAACACAAAAAAACCAACCGACACAGCGACCAACCCAAAAACCGACCCAGCGACCAACCCAAAAACCGACCCAGCGACCAACACAAAAACCGACCCAGCGACCAACACAAAAACCGACCCAGCGACCAACACAAAAACCGACAAAACGACCAACACAAAAACCAACACAACGACCAACCCAAAGGCCAACACAAAAACCGACACGACGACCGACAAAGCGACCAACCCAAAAACCGACCCAGCGACCAACACAAAAACCGACACGACGACCGACAAAGCGACCAACCCAGCGACCAACACAGCGACCAACCCAAAAACCGACAACCAAAAGACCACAUCAUCAUGAUUAUCAUGAUUAUUUUGAUAUAUGGAGACGAAUUAUGGACAAUAUAAUUCACGAUUAUUUUCAUAAUCAUCAUGAUUACCAUCAACAUGAUCACAAUAAGCAUGAAAAGCACCAUCAUCAACAUGAUGACGAUAAUGAUUACCAUAAGCAUGAAAAUCAUCAUCAUCAUCAUGAAUACCAUGAACACGAUAAUCACCAUCAAAAACAUCACCAUAAUGAUCAUCAUGAAAAAAAUCCAAUGUUAUCAUUGAUAACUUCCGAAGUAGAAGAAGAAGAAUCCAUGAUUCAAUUACAAGAAAAUUUUUACAAAAUUAUUGCCCAACAACAAAUGAAUUCAACAGUUGAUUAUAGAAAAUUAAUACAUUGUCCAUCGAACCCAAGUGGCCGUCGAUUACGUAAUCCAUAUGAUUGUAAUCGAUUUUAUCUUUGUUAUAAACAAGGUGAUCAAGUUCGAUUAGCACUAUAUAAUUGUCCGCAUGGUACAUUUUUUGAUGACACACCAACCGUACAGAAUUGUAUUCUUCGUAGUGAUUAUGAAGAACGAUAUGGCCAAUGUAAAACAUUACCAUUACCACAUGAUGAUGAUGAUGAUAAUAAUAAUAGUUUGGCAGAAAUAAUGAAAAAAAUUGUGAAAAAAAUCAAAGAUUAUCUUGAUCGUAAAUAUCGAGAAUAUGAAGAACAUCAUCAUCAUCACGAUGGUUAAAUUAUAAUUAAUUAAAAUGAAAUUUUUCUAAAUUAAAAAA